AUAUUACGUACACGGUACAGCUACAUAGACUGAUACACAUGAUAUGAAUCGUGUUUAGCUGAUAACAACGAUCUGCAACAGAAGCUGAAGUUCCAAGAUGGUAAAUCGGAACUGCAGAGCCACACUUCGCCUCCUUACCUUAAUCAAUCGUCAAGGCCACCCACACCCACCACUCUCCUCUUCUCCUUCUGGAAUUGAUGCAUGCUGGAAGCAGUUACAGCGCAACAAUGUUCACGGGGAGCAUAAAAUUGUGUCCUUUUUCAGCCCGUUAGCAAGUUCCCUGAAAACUAGGCAAUGGGGUGUUAAGAUUCAGAGUAGAUGUUAUGGUUCAGCUUCUGUGUUGGUUCAGAGGAACCCCAAAUUCUCAAAGUUGAAUGAUGAAGAUGUUAGAUACUUUGAGGGGAUAUUGGGUGCCAAGAAUGUCAUUCAGGAUGAUGAAAAGCUCAUCACUGCAAACACUGAUUGGAUGCGUAAAUACAAAGGCUCCAGUAAGCUCCUUCUACAGCCACGCACCACUGACCAGGUUUCUGAGAUUCUUAAAUACUGUAACUUCAGAUGUCUGGCUGUUGUUCCCCAAGGUGGUAACACUGGUCUUGUAGGUGGAAGUGUACCUGUUUUUGAUGAAGUUGUUGUCAGUCUUAGUGCUAUGAGUAAAAUCAUAUCCUUCGACAAGGUUAGCGGUAUAUUGGUAUGUGAAGCAGGGUGCAUAUUGGAAAAUAUAAUAUCAUUCCUGGACAGUGAAGGAUUUAUUAUGCCACUAGACUUAGGUGCAAAAGGGAGUUGUCAGAUUGGUGGAAAUGUUUCAACUAAUGCUGGCGGGUUGCGUCUUCUUCGAUAUGGAUCCCUUCAUGGAAAUGUACUUGGUAUUGAAGCUGUUCUAGCAGACGGUACUGUACUUGACAUGCUUAAGACAUUACGCAAAGAUAAUACUGGAUAUGAUUUGAAACAUCUAUUUAUAGGAAGUGAAGGUUCCUUGGGAAUUGUUACUAAGGUUUCGAUACUUACCCCACCAAAAUUAUCUUCAGUAAAUGUGGCUUUUCUUGCUUGCAAGGAUUAUAGCAGUUGCCAGAAACUGCUACAGGAAGCAAGGAGGAAACUUGGGGAGAUUUUGUCAGCAUUCGAAUUCUUAGAUAGCAAUGCUAUGAAUUUGGUUUUAAAUCAUUUGGAAGGUGCUCGCAAUCCAUUACCUACAUCACUGCAUAACUUUUAUGUGCUAAUUGAGACAACUGGAAGUGAUGAAUCCUCAGACAAACAGAAGCUUGAAGCAUUCCUACUUGGCUCCAUGGAAAAUGAAUUGAUAUCUGAUGGUGCUCUUGCACAGGACAUAAACCAAGCAUCAUCUUUUUGGCUUCUGCGUGAGGGAAUACCAGAGGCACUGAUGCGAGCAGGAGCAGUUUACAAGUAUGAUUUAUCGAUACCUGUUGAAAAGAUGUAUAAUCUUGUUGAAGAAAUGCGCUCAAGAUUAGGUAAUGAUGCAAAUGUAGUUGGAUAUGGUCACCUUGGAGAUGGUAAUUUGCAUUUAAAUGUCUCUACCCCUCAGUAUGAUGAUAAGAUUUUAUCACAAAUUGAGCCUUUUGUAUAUGAAUGGACAUCCAAGCAUCAUGGUAGUAUCAGUGCUGAGCAUGGCCUUGGACUAAUGAAAGCUAACAAGAUUUUCUACAGCAAGUCACCAGAAACUGUGAAGGUGAUGACUUCAAUCAAGAAAUUGUUGGACCCCAAUCACAUACUCAACCCAUAUAAAGUUCUUCCUUGUUCUUCAAUUUCAUGAGUCUUACAUGUGUAACUUAAUCUUGUUUUCAUAUUUGACUUCUUUAAAUUGAGAUGAUGCAAGUACAGUGGAGCUGUCUCCUCAUAUUUGACUCAACAACACUGCUGCACUGUAAAUAAUAAAUAAUACUACUAUACUAAAUAAAUUUAGGGUCCAUGAAUUUGAUAGAACAUGAAA